AGCGGAAGUCGGUGUAGAAGCUCUGGUGUGCGCGCACCUCACGUUGUAUCGAUAGAAUAUCGUUUCUUCCCUUUAGCGUUCCCCGCGUGUUCACAGUCCGUGGGGAUUCAUCUACGCUGCAAAAAGCAUAGGUUUUCUCUGAAAUUAGUAGAAUCAUAGCAUUUUAGCAAUAGUGAGUUCUCCAUCCUUGACGCGCUCCUUCGCUGCUGAAGUCCUCCACGGCAAUCUUUCGCUAAGUAUAACGUACCUUAUUUGAGGAUACUCCGCUAGCAGCGUUGUGCUGCGCUAGGAAAGAAGAAGAACGAAGGAAGGGUAGGAGAAGAACUGCUGCUCUUUCUUGCAUUCUCUUUUUUGUUUGUUGUUUUCCACGCAACUGCGCCGAUGAAAGGCGAGUAUCGCGACAUCCAUAAAUUUUGCUCUCGAUUUGUCGCUUGUUUCUUUUUUUUUUGAGUUGAACCAUGUCUCGCCGUAUGUUUGUGCGGAACAUGAACGGGGAGCUGUCCUCGACUUGGCGCCACGGUGGUGCAGAGGCAAACACGAUGGGGGUAAACGUGGCCACCUUUGGCGCGACCGGCAUCCUGGGACACCACAUUCACGCCGUGAACUGCUUCCACGGCUACACCAGCCUCGUUCCCUUCCGCUUCCGCUCCGGUAUGCCGAGCAGCGUGCGGCAGAUGCGUUCCAGCGGUGACGGGACGGUGGGCCAGAACUUCGACACGGAUUAUGAGAUUGAUAAGGAGUUCGUGGUGAAGGCGAUUUUAGAAAAAGUGGACAACGUCAUCAACGUAGUCGGUGCGUGGCAGGAGCCGGCGUGCUACGAGAACAGCCAGUCGUGGUUCUCGAUGGAGGCGAUCAACGUGGAGUGGCCGCGCAUGCUGGCCCGGUGGAGCCGCGAACUCGGCAUUCUCAAGUUCACCCACAUGUCCAUGGUCGGCGCCGAUCUGAACAGCCCCUCGAAGCUGCUGCGACAAAAGCGCGAGGCGGAGAUCGCAGUGCUGGAGGAGUUCCCAACCGCCACGAUCAUCCGCGGCACCGACAUCUUCUCGGAGAACGACUUCACCUACUCCAAGUACCUCAAGGCGCAGCGCUUCUUGAAGAUCGUGCCUGUGCCGAACCACGGCCACCGCAUCCACCAGCCCGUAUUCGCCGGCGACCUGGCGGAGGCGGCUGCGCGGUCGCUGCUGCUGGACCACACCGAGGGACGCAUCGCGGAGCUGGGCGGACCUGUUCGCUUCACCACGAACGACCUGCUUCGCUGGUGCGCGGAGUGCAACGGCCAACGCCACUUGACGGUGCACAUGCCGAAGGUGGCGUUUGACGUUGUCUGCCGCCUCAAUGAGCGUUUGCCGGUGCACCAAGGCUUUCUGCUUGGUACGAAGGCGCCGGCGUGGACGGCGGAUUGGGUGGAUCGCCAGUUCAUCGACAACUGCGCCAUGCCCGAGCGCGAUCCGGACCUGUUAGACUGGGAGGACUUUGGCAUUCCCCGCGAGGAUCUGUACCGUUUAGAGGAGAAGUACUUCAUUACCUCCAUCAUGUGGUCCAAGGUGGCGCCGUUCGUGGAUUACGGCACACGGCUGUAA